UGAAUUAAUGAAUACAAUGAGGAGCAGGUUACAACAUUCUGGAACACGUGAUGUUAUAAUCAGAUUCUUCUAUUACAUCAUGUUGGGUCCAUAUCUUGUGUAUGUUUGACAGUGAACAGUAAACCCAAUUCACUUUUACAAAGCACAGCUAGCCAACUAGUAGUUUGACUUGUAAUUUGUACUGCCUACUUUUGAAAGACGAUUUCUUUAAUCAAAAUGGCACAGCUCUCCCAGAAGGGUGGGCUGUGCAACAUGAAGAUGUUAUUGUUGGCUGUUAUUUUCUGUCUCCUUUCGCCUGUUGCUGCAAAUGUGUUGGUGUCUUCAGAGCACAAGACUUUGAUGCCAGUGAAGGACCACCCUAUUCUGAACAACCCUGAUGCUACAAAAGAACAAGUUGAUAGUUUACGGGUGAAAGACUAUUCUUCUCCAGAGCACAAGCCGUUGAUGCCAGUGAAGGACCACUCUGUUCAGAACAACCCUGAUGCUACAAAAGAGACCAAUUUUAAGUCAUUGCUGGAACAACUUGAGAGUUUACGGGUGAAAGACGAUUCUUCUCCAGGUAACGUGGGCCAGUUGACAAAAGGAUAUUCCUCAAAAAAUGUCAAAGACCCCCCGGACUUUGUAGAGUCCCUGCCCCUGAUUUCUGUUCCAGAGCACAAGCCGUUGAUGCCAGUGAAGGACCACUCUGUUCAGAACAACCCUGAUGCUACAAAAGAGACCAAUUUUAAGUCAUUGCUGGAACAACUUGAGAGUUUACGGGUGAAAGACGAUUCUUCUCCAGGUAACGUGGGCCAGUUGACAAAAGGAUAUUCCUCAAAAAAUUCUAAAGAGCCCUCGGAGCUUGUAGAGCCCCUGAUUUCUGUUCCAGAGCACAGGCCUUUGAUGCCAGUGAAGGACCACCCUGUUCAGGACAUCCCCAAUGUUGCAAAAUGGACCAAAAUGGUGCAAGUGGACCAGAUGCUGGAACAACUUCAGAGGAUGAAAGAUGAUACUUUCCCAGGUAAAGCUAAAGUCCCACAGAUGCUUGUGGAGAAACGUAUUCCUUAUCUACAGGCUUACAAGCAAAAAGCAUUGCAAGGUGACAACAACGUCUUCAAAGAAAAUCUUCAGGCUCCAGCUCCAAAAGCUCAGAAGAGCACCCUGAAGAUCAAACCCAGAGUCAACAUAUUGACUGACCCUUCUUACUCCGAGCCACUUGUGAAGGUGAACCUGAUUUUGGGGCUCGUUUUCUAUGGCUUCAUCGUAAUAGUGGUUCUCUAUGAUGCUGUGAGAAUCUCCAAGGAGGCUAGAAGGCGAUCUGAUGCUAUUGCCACUGCCAGGUUGAAGAAAAGGGAACCAGCCACCGCUGAACCACAGACACUGGCAUCCAGAGUUCGGGAGAGCAUCUCUUCACGGUUUGGUUUGAAACAAGCAUCAUCCACACCACAGUGUGCCCCCAUUUCUGACGAUUCUGCAAAAGAGUUGCAGAAGUCAAAGGAGUUCAUCUCCACUAAGGACAAAUCUGAGUCGGAAAAGAGACCUGGAAAGAGUGCUGUCAGCCUGAGAGAGUGUGAGCCGCCUCUGCCUAGCAUCCCAGAUAACUUCCUUGUGCCUGACUCUGAGCCUGCCAUCCAGGUGGCAUUGAACCCAUUCGACACCAAGCUAGCCAAAGUUGUAUCUGACAAUGCUGAGGCAUCCAACUACGAGGCAACCGAGAAGCCCUGCUACACACAGUCUGGGCUCACUGAGGUUUGCGUCAAUUAAGACUGAGG